AUGCUGUUCUCUUUCCUUACCUUGGUCGCUGCGGCGACAGCAGCACCAUCUGCUUACAACUCUCAACCGUACUCCAGCGUAGCUAAGAGGCAGUCAUCUGCCAGCAGCUCACUUCAGGUGGACCUGGGCUACAGUGUCUACCAAGGUCAUACUAACAGCACUGCCAAUCUGAAUGUCUUUCAAGGCAUCCGCUUCGCAGCAGCCCCAAUCGGUAAUCUUCGCUUCCAAGCACCAAGAGCGCCCACAACCAACCGCUCGGCAACGAUUUCGGCGAACAGCUAUGCACCGCAAUGCCCGCAGAGUCCAAGCUCGCACCCGCCACCUGUCACACCAGUCAAUCAGACAGGAUCGAGCGAAGAUUGUCUUUUCCUCAACGUCUGGAGUCCAAGCAACGGAACCAACCUCCCUGUGCUGGUCUGGAUCCAUGGCGGCGGUUAUGGUCAGGGCAAUGGGCGCCAGGAUCUCACUGCCAUUAUCAAUACGAACGGCAACUCGUUUGUUGGCGUCUCUAUACAGUAUCGUCUCGGCGCAUUCGGAUUCCUUAGCUCUGACGAGGUCUUCCGCAAAGGUGCUGUGAACGCCGGUCUUCUCGAUCAACAUCUGGCGCUGCAAUGGGUCCAAGAGUACAUUCACCUGUUCAAUGGCGACCCAACGCGAGUGACAAUCGCAGGCGAAAGCGCUGGAGGUGGCAGUGUAAUGCUCCAAGACAUGGCGUAUGGAGGCUCCCUCGGCACUCAGCUCUUCAUCAAUACCAUUGCAGCCAGCCCUUACCUUCCCAUGCAGUAUGGCUACAAGGACUGGGUACCUUCUCAAAGCUACUACGCAUUUGCUACUGCCGCGGGAUGCCCUCCGUCUAUGCCCUACCUGCCGACCAACGGGACGCCAAUCUUCGAGUGCCUCGUCAGCAAAAACACCAGCACGCUGAUGAAUGCUAGCGCAACAGUAUCUCAGGAAGGCUCCUACGGGACUUGGGCGUUUCUGCCGGUCACGGAUGGCGUCUUCGUACAGGAUUUGCCGAGCAGACAACUUGGCCGCGGUCAAGUCAAUGGACUCAAUAUCCUCUCCGGUAAUAAUGCCAACGAAGGAUACUACUUUACGCCACAAAAUAUCAAGACCGAGGAUCAGCUGGUGCAAUACCUUCGUGUGACCUUCCCACUUCUCUCCAACAACGACAUCGCCAAGAUACUCUACUACUAUCCUUCCACAAACGCCUCCGUGGACCCAAAUACUCCGUUCUUUGCCACAUCCGGCAAUAUGGGAGCGACUGCCCUCAAUGAAAGCUCUGAUGGCACCGGUCAGCAGCAGCGAGCCGACAAUAUCUACGCAGAGACCACCUUCGUAUGUCCCUCGUACUGGCUCGCGGAAGCGUACAGUAACAACCGCAACGGAGGCCAAGGAUACAAGCUACAGUUCUCGAUUCCACCAUCUGAGCACGGCGGCGAUGUUGCGGGGUAUUUCGACUACCCGGGUCAGUAUUACUCAGUGGAUUUUACCACGGCGUUCCAAAGAAUCUGGGGCAACUUCAUCACCACUUCAAACCCGGCCAUAUCCAACGCAGUUGCAAAUGGGGUGUCUACGAACAACGUUUCGAUUAACGCAGCAAGCAGCUUUCCUCCAUAUAGCAUUUAUUCGCCCAACCAGCUGGAUCUCAACACAACCUGCCCAAUCAUAACUACUCUUGGCGGCAUAGAGUAUUGCAAUUCUUCUACCGCUGUGAACCAGUUCUCCUUGGUCAACGCUUACACCUGGGAGGGCGGACGCGGCACGCGUUGUGACUUCUGGAGAGCUCUGGGCGAGCUGGUACCGGAGUAAAUGCUAGCUUGGCUCAAGCUCUUCGCCUCUACCUGUGUACCUAGCUAUCUAGCCGAUAUCAGAACCAAGUAUAGCG